AAAUAAAAUAAAAACUCCGUAGUCGAUAACAUAUAAUAAAAACAAACAUACCAAUAUUUUUUAUUACGAUAUUUUCUAGACGUACAUUCGUAACCAGUAUUGAAGUACUUUAUCAGAAUAAUUAAUUAUAGAAAUGAGACAGACUAUAAGACUGCGGGUUCUGUUAGUAAAUAUUCUUAUUUUAAAGUCAAUUAUGUCACUGGAUAUAGAACGAUUCGUAAUAGAAGAUACGAGUGACCCGGCAGACCAGUUAAAUUUUAAAAGAAUUCUAGAUAUUAUUUCUAGAUCUAGAGAGAAGCCGCACACUUAUAGAAGGAUGGACGAACGAGCUGAGAAAAUUAAAUUCUUGUACAAUUUUCUCAGGACCAAACUUGGCCCUAGUAAAAUAAAAAAAAUUCUUCGUGACCAAGGUGAAAGAUCCAGUGUUUCUAAGGUGGACUUAGAAGGAUUAAUCGAGAAUGAACUUAAAAACGCACUCGCUUUGAAAUCAUCAGCGCUCAAUGACCGACCAGUUCUCCAAAAAAGGGGAAGAAAUGAUUUUCUUGUGAUGAAACCUGAAGUUGUGGACCCAUUUGUAACUGUGGUCCCGAACAAUAUUUAUUAUAACAUUGAAAAGAAAUGUGUUAAUUGGUUAGACGAUUGUAACCUUCAAGGUAUAAGGGCGAGACUGCUUCAAAAAGUUAAAUCUCCAUUUAAAUAAAACUUUUUCCAAAUAUUUACCUAUGUACACGAUACAUGGUAGCAAGGUUUAAGACUAAAUAAAUAUAAUAUAAAAAAAGACAUUCGUAAUCCUUUAGGCCUCAAAUAACGUUUUAUAAUUUAAUUGCAAACAUGAGUGUUCUAUUUAAAGCAUGUACGAUUAUGAAUAAGGACUACGAUAUAAAAUAAAACAAUUUUCUACAUA